AAGAAUAAUCAAUAAUCUAUAGGUUUUGAUGGAGUGUGUUGAUGAUCCUCCAAGAGCGGUGAGGCAUGAGCACAUGGUGGUUGUGCCGUACCCCUCUUGCGGCCACAUAAACCCCAUGAUGUACCUCUCCAAUUCCAUUGUCUCCACCAACCCCAACAUCCACAUCACCUUUGUUGUCACCCAACAAUGGCUCCCUUCCAUUAUUACCAAACAACAAAACAACAACAUUCGAAUCCAUUCCAUUCCCAAUCUCGUAUCCAACGAAUCAUCGCCCUCUUUUAGUAGCACCGUGGAAGCCGUUAUGACCAAAAUGGAACCUGCCAUAGACAGGUUACUCAAUGAAAUAGUUGACCAACCACCACCCACGGCUAUCAUCUACGACGGUUUCUUAUAUUGGGUUGCAGCUCUUGCAAAUCGGAGGAAUAUUCCGGUGGCUGCUUUUUGGACCACUACAGCUUCCGAAUUCUGGCUGCACUCUUUUAACUUGCUGCACCAAUAUCAUCAAAACCUGUUAGGAGGAAAUAGUGACAAACUCGUAGAUUAUAUUCCUGGAAAAUCUUGGAUUCGUUUAGCGGAUAUUCCUCUUCUUGACAAGAACAACCAGAAAGUGUUGCAUUGGGCUAUGAAAAGUUGUGAAUCGAUGCUUAAAUCACAUUGCAUAUUAUUGCCCACCUUCUAUGACUUAGAAUCCAAAGUCAUUGAUGCUAUGAGAGUAAAAACCUCAACACCCAUUUACACGGUUGGCCCAAACAUACCUUAUUUUAGCCUUGAAGAAGAAAAUUCAAGAACAAGAAGUGAUGUUGAUGAUAAAAAUGUUAAUGGCCACGGUUAUUAUUUAGCGUGGCUAGAUACCCAACCCUCUAAUUCUGUUUUGUAUAUCUCAUACGGAAGCUUUCUUUCGGUUUCAAGUGCACAAAUGGAUGAAAUUGCUAAUGCUUUGAAAAGAAGUGGUGUUAGAUUCUUGUGGGUUAUACGUGAAGAGGAUUCUAGAAUAAAAGAGAUUUUUGGUAACAACAACAUGAUGGGUUUGGUGGUACCUUGGUGUGACCAAUUGAAAGUGUUGUUACAUCCUUCAAUAGGGGGUUAUUGGACACACUGUGGUUGGAAUUCUAUAAUGGAAGGUGUUUAUGGUGGUGUUCCAUUUUUAACCUUCCCAAUAGGAUUGGAUCAACCAUUGAUUAGUAAGAUGAUAGUUGAGGAUUGGAUGGUUGGGUGGAGAGUGAAGAAAGAUGAUAGAAGUGAUGCUUUGGUGACAAGUGAUGAAAUUGUUCCGUUACUCAGGAAAUUCAUGCAAUUGGAUAGUGUUGUUGGAAGUGGUAUGAGAAAAAGGGCUAAAGAGCUUCAGAGAUUGUGUCAUCUUGCAAUUGCAAAAGGUGGGUCUUCUCAAAUUAAUAUCAAGGCAUUUCUGAAGAAUAUAACAUCAAGUGUGGUGUUCAAGCCUAAUGGAUCAAAUGGUAGUGCAUAAUAAUAAGCAAGAAGAUUUAUUUGAGAAUCUCAAUUAUUGCUUUAUGUUGGGUAUGUCAUGUUAUACGACCUUUAUAUUUUUGAGAUA